CACAAGAGGGACGGGCAGAGAGAGAGCUUGUGCUGUCAGCGCAGAGCCUGAUGCAGGACAAGGGGGCUCCAUCCAGUGAAUUGACCUGAACCAAAAUCAAGAGUUGAAGCUGAAUGGACUGAGCCACUACGGAGCCAUCCAGGCGCCCCAAGAACCACUAUUUAAAUACUUUUGUAACAGGGUGGAGCAUAAGGAUUUGCCAUGGCUUUCUUUGCUGGGCUCUGGUGCCCCUUCACCCGUGCAGGCAGAGCCCUCAGCCAGCGCAGUUUCAGCACCACUGGGAGCCUCGAUGCAAUUCAGAAGAUGACUCGCGUACGUGUGGUGGACAACAGUGCCCUGGGGAACACCCCAUACCAUCGCCCUCCUCGUUGCAUCCAUGUCUAUAACAAGAGUGGGGUGGGCAAGGUGGGUGACCGGAUACUGCUGGCCAUCAAGGGACAGAAGAAAAAGGCACUCAUUGUGGGCCAUCGCAUGCCUGGUCCCCGGAUGACCCCCAGGUUUGACUCUAACAAUGUGGUCCUCAUUGAGGACAAUGGGAACCCUGUGGGGACCCGAAUUAAGACACCCAUCCCCACCAGCCUGCGCCAGAGGGAAGGUGAAUUUUCCAAAGUGCUGGCCAUUGCUCAGAACUUUGUGUGAGCAGUGGCCAGGCCACUGGCUGCACUGAGACUCAUGGGAGGGAACUCGGGGCCUCAUGCCAGGGAACAGUGUCCUGUGAAAAAAUAAACCUUUUCCUGUGUGUUCCUUCCUGA